AUGAAGGCCGGCAUAGCUGCCCUGGCAGCCGGGAUCCUCGGCGGCACCGGCGUCCUGCUCUUCCUCAUCGCCUUCGGGACGGAUUAUUGGCUCCUGGCUACGGAGACCUGCGGCGUCUUCCAGCCUGAGAACAGCACUCUGAGCCCCAGGGAGGCUGAAACACCAACGGAGACCAGGAAGGAGAUCCUCACUUUCCACCACGAGGGCUUCUUCUGGAGGUGCUGGUUCUUUGGUGAGGGCCACCCAGAGACCAUCUGGACCUUCUGGUACACCAGCCAAGCACACCCCAAGUUCUGCAUGCAUGGAUACCUGUUCCCCAUGCCCAUUGCUCUUGGACCUUUCCCCCACCCCUCCUAUGACACAACUGCAGUGUACAGAGGGUUCUGGACGGCGUUCAUCCUGCUGGCCGUGGCUGCUGGGCUGGUGGGGGGGCUCCUGCUGGUCUGUGGAAUUCCCUUCGUCAGCCCCCGCUCCUACAAGGUGGGAGGCGGAUUCCUCCUGCUCUCAGGAGGUUUAUUUCUCCUGCUAGUGUUUCUCUUCGUGAUGUGGAAGGAGUUUGCUGCUGACUUCCAGAAGUACAUCCUGCUGGAGAGGAGCGAGAGGUGCCUGGACGAUGUCCCCGUGCACGUCUACUACGGGUGGUCGUUCAUGUUCGCCGCAGCCGGGGUGCCCCUGGUCCUACUGGCUGGACUCCUCUUCUUCCUGGUGGGCAGAGACAUUAUGAAGUCCCUGGAGUAAGACAAGUUUGGAGAAGGCUUUGGUGAUGUAAAGAAACAGGCACAAGUUUUGAGGACUAGAUCGUUUCUGUAGCUAUAAUUGUCAGGGUAAAUUACACUCACUCUUACGGGGAGGCAGGGAUGGAGCACUGAGCAUCCAUAGAAUGGUUUGGGAGGGGAGGGACCUCAAAUCCAUCUCAUUCCACCCCCUGCCAUGGGCAGGAACACCUGCUACUAGCCCAGGUUGCUCCAAGCCCCAUCCAACCUGGCCUUGGACACUUCCAGGGAUGGAGCAGCCACAGCUUCUCUGGGAAACCUUUGCCAGGGCCUCCCCACCCUCACAGGGAAGAAUUCCUUCCCAAUAUCCCAUCCAACCCUGCCCUCUGGCAGUGGGAAACCAUUCCACCUUCUCCUAUCCCUUCAGGCCCUUGUCCAAGGUCCCUCUCCAGCUCUCCUGGAGCCUCUUUAGGCACUGGAAGGAGCUCUGAGGUCUCUGUGGAUCCUUCUCUCCAGGUGAACCCCUCCAGCUCUCCCAGCCUUGCUCCAUUGCAGAGCUGUCCCCAAAACCAGCCCCAGGUGCAAAUCCAGCUCCAGCAUUUUCACCCUUUGGAGAAGUUUAGUGAAUGUCUGUGGGCUUUGUAUGAGAUUUCUCUGCAGCUCCAUGGAUUGUCAGCAGAGCCCCACAUCCAUAUUCAGCAGAGCCGGAGUUUUAUGGCAUUCCCAGCAUCCUUGUUUCUUGUAAAAGGUAAUCGAAUCUGGCUGCGAGGGGGACGUUCUAAUGUCUGUUUCUGAAAAGCAAUUAAGGAUGAUUUUUUUUUGCUUAGCUGGCUCUAAUUGACGUCAAAGGACAACCUUUUUAAUGGGAUGUCGGGAAACACGGGAAACUUUUUUUUUCCUUAAAAGCCCUGAUUCUGAA